AUUCCAUGAUCAGCACAGCAUGGUUGCUAGCUGGAGGACAUAAAGAGGAAUGAAUCGUGAGUAGAAAGGAGAGAACUAUGGCGUGCUGGAAAUCAGCAUGGAUCCUUGUAGUAGCAGCAGUAGUAUUCGCGCUGGUCUCUUCAAUUCACGCCACAGAAAAUGGAGGAGGCGUAGGGCGUAGAACAUUACUUAGUUUCAAAGAAACACCUCACGGCAGCAACUUCACUUUCGAUUGCUCUCCUUCUGGUCCCUGUGUUCCCUGCGCCUACUCUGAGAAGAGUGAUGAAAACUAUCGAUGCAGCGAGACUGGCUAUCGUAUCCCUUUUAAAUGUAUUGAGAUUAAACAUGGUACAGAGAAAGAAAAUGGGAAGCAGCAUUCUCAAAAUGGUCGAUCUGCUGUCGAAAUCUCCGACAAUGUAAAUUCUCAUGUAUCGUUGCAAGAUGCUGCCUCUAACGAGGGUAGAAUCUUACUGGAUGGUUCGUCUUCAGCUAAGGAUGGAGUUCAGACUUAUAUUACUUACAGAAGCUGUAUAUCAGCUAACGCAGAGAAGUUGUCGGUACUUGGUUUUGAGGGGAUAAUUUUGUGUUUGUUACUCGCAAGUGGUUCAGUCGUGUACUUCCGAAGAAAGCAGACCUUUACCAGGGUGUCUGGAGCUGGACCAGGGAGUAUCCAGAUGAACUCCAGAUUUUAAGUCUGUAAUUUUCUUCAACUGAGGUUUCCUCCCCCGCAUGAAGCCAGCCAGUUUUAAUGAUAUCCGAGGGUUCGAAGCUUUUGGUUUGUGUACAAAAGUGUUUUAUCAUUCGCAGCUCAUAUUAUCUUUUCUUCUUUGAAUUCUUCGUUUUUGCUCUGAAAUGUAUUCAUUACGUGAUAUUUUCCUGACGCACAAAACCCUUGGAACCAUUGAGAGAGAGCUAUAGAUGCUCUUUAGAUGGUAAGAA